AAGAAAACACAUUCAAUUCAAUUUACAUUAGUGUUUGGAUUUGGUGGAUUUGGCAUGUGUCGGUCGUGUCAUUCAUAUUUGCAGCAGUAAAUUUGUGUGUUACUAAACGUAAAGUGAAGUUUUCGAGUGUGAUUUUUUCUUUUCACGAUUAUGCCAUUUUAGCAUUUGCUGGUAGCGAAAUCGCUGAAAAUGAAUAAACCAAGUGUUGUGCUGCUAACAUUAAUUGCAUUAUUUUCGAUGCAUUUGAGUUUAGCUUCUAGUGCUUUGAAAAACUUGCCAAAUGGAGUUGCAGGCACAAGUCAAAAUAGCGAAACCCAAUCGCAGAACAUAACAACACUGCAAGGGAAGUUGAACGCGACGGUGUCAAAUGUUAUUGCAGCCAUGGAAGAAACAUCGUUUCCAGGGGAGCAACCCAAUCAGGAACAUGCGAAAAAGGGGAGGAUCAUGCCUCGUAAAGGUGUCGACAUCAACGCAACGUUCGCCUCAACGACCGCGGCGACAACAAUGACCACGGCCUCCAACGUUAACGCAACAUCGAACGCCAGCGAAGCAAAACCACACAACGUUGCUGUGGUGCCCAUGGUCAACGCCAGCGAUAGCAAUAGCAAUAGUAGUAGCAGUAAUGCUGCGAUGGUAGGCAGUAAUAACACAACAUUCUCCAAAAACCCGAAUGCUUCUGAGCAUGAAUCAUCGUCAAGCAAAAAUGCAACCUCAGCAGCAAUAUCAGUUUCUUCCAAGGUUACUGUAUCACCUACCGCAUCAAGUAGCACGACCUCAACCACCACCGCCGCCACGACAACCACUACGAAAACUCCAAAUAAGCCAAAAAUUACUUACUCAGUAGAUGAUGAACCGAGACUGCUCCAAGCGGCCAAACCAGGGUACAAUUCCGCAGCUUCCUCUCUGAAUAGUGGCGUGAGCAGUGCCAAUGGGCGCUUGCACAUAGAGGAACCGCUAGCCGAACUAUCGAAGGAGUACAUACAGCCGGUCGGAAUGAUGGAACCUUCCAGAGGGGGCCACCGCGAGUAUGUGGUCCCCGUGGUUACGCUCAUUUUCGCCAUCCCGCUGCUGAUCGGAUUGUUUCUGCUGUCCUAUCGACGAGCGAAAGAGUUCUGGCUGACCCGUCAUUACCGACGGAUGGACUUUCUCGUGGACGGCAUGUACAACUACUAAUACUGGCAUAUCCUUGAUAGUGAUUAUUGCGACUGUAAGUCGCACCAAUAUCGUUAUGUGAUAACGAUGCCGGCUGUUGAUUUGAUGGACGAACCACAUCCAGCGCAUUUAGAGUUAAUAUAUUUUUUCGAAAUUUUUUUUAGUGUAUUAUGCCGUUUUUAAAAUGUGGACUUCAGUGAACAUUUCAGUUAUGUAUUUUGCAUGGAAAUUGAUUGGACAUUUUAAGAAAAUUUUCCGAAGGUUUAUAAUGAAAUAAGGUUUUUCAUCGUUUCCAGUAAGGUUUUUUGCUAAGACAAUGAUUAUAGUCACUUAGUGUUUGACGAAAUGGUUUUAUUUAAAUAAUACAAUAUUGUAUUGGUAUAUUACAAUUGAAAAGUAAUGAUUCAUUUACAAGAAUAAGCAACUUGGGGAGCUAAAUCAUUCAAAAAACAAAGAAUCUAAUCUUUGAUAUCUAUUUUGAGUUUCAUAUCAUACAGGUCAAACCUCUUGCAUUAUCUGUCAACAAUAUGCAUUGUUCAUUAUAAGCAUUUCAAAUUCGAAGUAGAUCUUACAUUAUUAAUGAUUUGAGUAGUGUUAGCUGCGACGUACUAAUGUAUCCAAAACUAGAAUAACCAAACGAUCAUUGUUUAUUAAAGUGCCUUUUCGAAAAACAGAAUAUACUUAGAGCAAAACACGCAAAACUUCUUAAAAGCAAAAUCCAAUUAGUCCCGAAUUCUCCACUCGAUAUUUUCGAUUGGUAUGCUCAAAAUUGUAAAAAAAAGAUAUUGUACAGUUAUAACUAGUGAAUCCAUCUUGUAGCAAAAUUCAAAACGAACUAGCGAAAUUUUCGAGCCACGUAGAUCCUAGAAAGCAAGGCAAUCAGGUGUAGCUGUAGAUAGUAGGAGGAGCAAAUUCAGUCUGGUAUCAAUCAAAUUGCUGUAAGUAUGUUUGGAAGUUAUAUUAAUUUUUGAUUGUUUUACAUUUAAGAAAAUAAACA